AUGUUUACGAACACGACAAAUGUUGAAUUCGAUAAGAACUUAAGCAAUAAUGUUACAUUUGACUAUAAGAACGUAUUAAAAUCAUCAGUGAAAGAUGAGAAUUUAAUACCAGAUGGUAUACGAAGAUCGUUUAAUAAAGUGGCUGGAGAUUCCGUUGAGACGCAAAAGGCUAUAACACCAACUGAUGAACACGUACUCAAGGAUUUUACAACAUCACAAUUAAUUACUAAGACGAUUAAUGUGACCGUAAAAGUGACUAAAAUCAGAUCUGGCACCCAGUUUAAUUUCAGAAGCAAAAAUAAACAUAUGAAUAAAGAUAAAAUGGAUAGAUUUAAGAAAUUCAUGUCUAAGAAUAAGAAUGCGUUUAGUGACUUCCUAAAGAAAAAGCAGCAAACGCAAGCGAUAAUGCCUAAGAUAGCUGCAUCGCCUCGACCAAUAUCACGCAAUCAAUCAAUAUCUAGGGUUGAUGCCACGGUGGGAACAUCUAGAACUGCGUUAGAGACCAGCACCAGGGACACCACAGUGCGUCCCCUAACAUCCACCACGAAGUCUGUAAUCGUUCAAGAAACAACGCCAUUUACGUGGAAGACUAAAAAAGCAACGAUUGGUGCACCUACAACACCGAGUAGCGAUAGUUCAUCUAAAGAGAGCCGACCUCACAUGCGGGCUCACAUUUUACGCGCCAACGAUGACGAUGUGUCGAUCAACCCUGAGGAACUGGACAUGGCGCCUGCCAGAGGGCGCAAGGUGCACAUCAUGAGAAUGAAGAAUCGCUUGUGCCAACGCAACGUGAUGCUACCGGAGGGUCCGAAGUACGACAGCAAAGGUAACAUGUACCUGGGCGCGUUCACUCACAAGUACGGCCGGGACUACAGCCGGACGCGACCACCGGUCCUGGUGCUGCCCAGGUGCUGCAACUGCUGCAAGAAGUCGGUGCUCGGCUGCGAGUAG